CUUCUUGUUAUUUUUCGCAAUCGAUCUUUCGGUGUGGCUUUAGGUCUCCAUUGUUCGAUGUGAUGUUUUUUUCGUGAGCAAAACACAUGACCGUGUUCUAACGACAUGAACGUGAGAGAACAGUUUUUGAAUUUGAGGCGUAGUCGCGGUGUUGUAUCUGGUCGAGAGAGAGAGAUGCUUCAUUGAGGAAAAAGAAAAAUCCGUAGAGAUAUUCCAAAAUACAUCAGAGGUUUUCGUCAUCCUUAGAAGAGUGAGAAAAUAUCGAGAGACAAAAUCGUUUCGCUCGAGUGCUAAAUACGAACAUGAAAAUGGAAAAAACUAAACAACCUAAACGUGAUGAAAUCGUUUUCGUAUUUGGUUUGUAGUACAAGUUGAAGCUAGUACUUCUCGUUAUCGAUGGUGUCAGAGUCAGUUUAUUCCUACCAAGGACGGAGGCUUGUCGUCAAUAAGGAGCAAAUAGAGCUAAACUUAGAAGGUGGGAAAGAAAAGGAUGUUUUCGGCGAAUCGAAACAAAACGUCGAAUCGAAAAAAUAAACUCAUCCAAUAGAAAUCAAUGGAAAUAUCCUCUGAAUCCGCCUCAACAUUCAAGUCUGAUAGUAGUUCUUUGAAAUUAAUUGUACAUUAUUGUUUUUUUAUUCUUUUUCAUUAAGUUGCCAUACCCAUGGAGGAUUUCCGGCCCGGGCUGCCGGGCCACCCGAACGGGACUUCGAUACCCGGUCUGAGCUUCCCUGACUGAAGAGAAGCCUCGUAGACCUAGGAAAUCGGCAUCGGUCGUGUGAGAAGAUCCGAAUCUUUCUUCGCCGAUCCACUAAUCGAUUCGCCGUAUGACCUGUGAGGUGGAGCUGCGAUCGAGCCGAGGAAGUUGACUGAAGAUCACACGAAUACCGACAGAUCCAACGGCAGUGGCAGUGGAACAGUGAACCUGCGUUUGCGGCGUAUCUAUCUUAGCAGGGCGAAAGACGGACGCCGUAGCCGUCGGUUGUCCAGCGACACCAAGCACUAGCGGUUGUGUGACUGUUGAAAAGGGGGAGAAAGGACGAGAAAGCGCUUUCAUAGAUUACCCCAUUCGACAACAACUACAAGGAUUCGAAAACUAGAGGAACUGAGGUAGAAACGAUAAGUAAACAGCUGCAAUACACCAGCACAGGACUAACAGAAGCACAACAAACUACUACAAGAACUUCUUGAUCCCGCGGUGACCAACAUCCGCAAACCGACAAGAUGGCGGCGCCAGGCGGAAAAGCGAAGGACAGCAUUAACUUUUAAGGCUCUUGUAAUGCAUGUUAUUUCAUGGACUUCAUCUGCAGUACAUCGCAGUCUUGUUCUUUCAAGAGGUUUUUCUUCAGCAACAUAGCCCUGAAUGCUGAAAAGACGAGCGUAUACAUACAUAGUUUGUUCAGGAAAAACUACUACCGAGGACUCCAGCUCGUCUUCUUCUAAGAUUUGUUGGAGAAUGCUGAGCUUAUCAAGGAUCUGCGUCGCCGCAACCGCGGCAUGGCCGAGGUCCUUAGGGAGUGCCGACACGUUUGUUGCUUCAUCAUUUUCCUGGCUCUCUUCUCGACUUUGAUCAUGAUUGAGCCUUUUUCGGAGUUCUACAGCUUCGAGAAGAGUAUACGGGAUAAAUUUGACGAUUUGAGCGGGACGGGGGAGGAUGCGCAGAGGAUGCAGUUAUCAGACGUGAAAACCAUAGACAACUUGUGGCAUUAUCUGCAGACGACUUUCUACGAAAACAUCUACUACGACUCGAUGGCACCGAACGCAACCUUCGAAAUCCUCAAACUGGAUCAAAAUCAGUACCACAUACUACAUUUGAAUCUGGAUUCAGCAGUGUUCUUUAUAGAAAUAGAUUUCUCAUGAUUUCGAAGUAGAUGUGGCUGUGGCUCAGAUACAGGUGGGAUGCUGGGUCAAUAUCAACAUCUUCACCCUCGUCUUCAAGAGUGAGCGAUGGCUUUUUUCCUUGACUUCCAAGCUACUAGAAUUCCGAUUACGAAAAAAGAAACACGUCACCAUCGUCUAAACGUAUCGCUAUCUUGUUUCCAAAUAUACCUUCAUCAGCUAUAACCUGUUAACGGGGAAAGUACGAUUUCGGGUCGUUCGCGUCCAGGAGGGGAGUAACUGUCAGCUUUCUGCGGUGUAUGGAAUAUUUAAGGCAGGGUGGCUAAAAGUAAGAGUGACGUAAGAACCUAAGUACCAGAGAAAGGACAAGAACGCGAUUGUCCAAUUUGAGACCACCUUCUCUUCCCCAGCACCAUACUCUCGAAAAUAAUUAUCUACUAAGACUAAACAGCAGGCUUCUCCUCAAGAAUUGUUAGUAUCUGUUAUUGAUCAAAUUUUUACGGCCAGGAAUGAAAACUUUCAAAAAAGUUAACGAGUUCCCGGGGUCUCUUCAUCUUCUUCUUCUAAAACCUACGAGCCCUGUUUUGGUGGCUACACGGCUGACGUGGAGGCAACUGACGGAUAUGGAGCCAAUGUUGAGGAACAAUUUGCGUUUGAAAGCGGAGAUGGGUUUACCUAUUCGGGAAGUGCCGGCACUUACUCUCCAAAUGGGUACUCUUGAUACCUGAAAUAUGCUUAGUACUCUUCAAGAAAUGGAUCGAUAAGUUUAAGUACUCACUUGGAAAGAAUAAUAUUGGUACUCACUACUUGGAAAGAAUCAAUUAUGAGAAUAAUCUUAAUCAUGUGAGCUCACUGACUCGUCACGACCAUAUACAAAUAAUCGGAUCAAAAAGAUUUGGAUAACCCUGUUCAAAUACGCCCUUAUGCCAGGUACAUGAAUUAUCUCCAGACGAAUCAUACUGAGGCUCGGGAGCUUCUAACGGAGUGGAAGCAGAAUAAUUAUUUCGACGUAGCGACGCGAGCGAUAUUCAUUGAUUUUAACGUACUUUUGUUUCGUGUAUUUGUUUUGCAAUUGGAAUAAGAUGAAAAUGAAGGAGGUGAUCAUUUGUCUUUGUGUACACGUCGAGAUAUCAAAAAAAUAAGUGCACUACUAGUGCAUAAAAACGCUACUUUUGCUCCUAUGAACAAAGUGAACCUAAAACACAGGUGUACAACGUGAAUCUUGGGUAUUAUGGGGCGACGAAGCUAGUGUUCGAAAUAACACCAAGCGGGAAAAUGGUGAACCGCCUAGACUUUACAGUGGUUACGGAGCGCUAUAUAGUGCCGAACUUCAACUCUCAGAUGAUAGCGGAAAUGAUACUGAUUCUUUUCGCUGCAUACUACAUAGCGCAGGAGCUGUCCGAAUUUUCGAUAUCCAAGUCGGAAUAUUUGCAGGUACAAAAUGUUCGUUCAUCUUGUCUGAUUAGUCAUUCUUGUUGCUUCUUACAUGAUCGUCAUUCGAUGCGCGCCAUCUUUGGCAUCCAGCGGUCAUGGCAGAGUCAAUAGGCACCGUUGUGUAACUUCACAUAUCCCACGCACUUCCUUCUAGAGGACUAUAUUUGUAAGGAAACUGCAUCUCCCUCUCAGGACGGAUGGAACGUGAUGGAUUGGGCAAAUUUGCUGCUUUUAAUCGCUUACGCAAUAAUGCGGGUGAUGGCGUUUUCAGCAGCGGGAGGGGAUGUAUCGGCGACCGUAGCUGACCAGUCAGUUUUCGCAGAUUUGACAGACUACGCGUGGUAUAUCAAGGAGAUGCGAUCGUGGAACGCCUACAACGCAGUCCUAAUCUGGUUAAAGACGGUCAAAUAUGUCACAUUCAUCCCGUACGUGACGAUCAUGAUGGGCACCCUGAAAUACAGCUGGAAAUACUUCGUCUCCUUCACAAUCAUCUUCCUCUCCAUCUUCCUGGGUUUCUCCGUCGGCUUCGUAGGAGGGUACUUUCUUACUAGAUGUUUCUUUGGCAUUUUUUUCGCCAGUGGUCUCAAGAAUCAUGAAGAUUUGUUGCACUUACUAGUGGUGUACCUGAGCUGCUCAAGCUGUAGUUGUAAGCAGGUUACUUUUCCUUUUCCUUCAUCUUCAGUUUCGGCGACAAGUUUGAGAAGGUGAAUAGCUUCGGCAAAGCCUCGCUCUUCCUCCUGCAAUCGUUUGUGGGCAGUGCGAGUUUCGGGGAAAUGUUUGCGUUGUCUCCCAUACUAGCUGGUGUGCUGAUUGGCAUGUUCAUCAUAGUGGUCUUUUUCAUUCUUUACGACACGGAAAAAAGUAUUCAUAUUAGUCAUACUCUCAAGAAACUAGGCAGAUUCUAGGUACUUAAGAAAAUAGAGCCUCCUAUACAUAUACUCAAGAAACUUGUCAGGCAAGUUUCUGAAAGUAGAAGAGAUGAAAAGAGCAGCCACUUGCUCUUUUGCUUGAGUCGCCGCCUCUUGUUUUUUCCCUUGAGUAUGAGUACUGGUACUCAACUCCGGCUUUUCCCCCUUUCAUAUUCUUCUGAACCUAUUUAUGGCGAUCAUGGUGGUCGCUUUGUCGGAAGCGAAAUCACAGGCGGUCCAGGAUGAGGAUGACGCGUGGACGAAGUUCAAGUCAAAGAGCGCAAAUCUAGCCCAAGUAAUGAAGGAGCACUUGAGUUUGGACGAGCACAUAGAAUAUUGGCUCCCAGGCUUGCAUCACCGAAGGAGAAUGGCCAAGCAAGCGAAAGCAGACUUAUUGAGGAGAAGACAAGUACUACUAACUUGUUUCGAUAGAUCGCGUGAAGUAUGUAUUAUUAGGCUUCGAGGCGACUUUGGAACUCUUUAUCUUGAUCCUUUAAAAGUUCGACAUGUUCUUCUUCGUGAAUUUUCCAAAGAAAUAAAUAUGUUUAAAAUAAGGGUGAUGCAGUGACGCAGUUUUCUCCUUAGGUUUUUAAUCAUAACCUUCCACUGCGACGCAGGAACGAAAAAACGCUUUAGACAUGCGAAAGAGGAUAGCUCUAGGCCGUGCCGCAAUGUAUGACGACGGCGAGGAUGACGGUGGCCCGGAGUCGCCGACGGCAGGAAGAGCCAAAGGCGUCAAAAUUAUGAUAUUGCAGUCUUUGGUCUGGCUGGCAUCAAAGUCAAUAUUUGUGUCAAAACUGGUAGCAUAAGCAUAUUGAUAAUAGUUGCACGUGAUGACAGUGACCUUCUCCGUGCAUGCUUAUCUAUCAAAAAUGCAGACUCUUUAGCUUUACUUGAAGGAUAACGAUAAGCCAAGUAGCGUAUCAAAAUGCGCGACCGCGGCAUCAGCAUUGCUAGAAAAUAAUGUUAUGAGAAUAGUCACGACGAGGACGAGUACAUUUUUCUAAGUCACAGAGAAAGACUGGCAAGGAAGACGAAGAAUUUGGUGGCCUUGGCAGUACGACGAACCUGCCGCUGACCAUGCCGCUAGAAGCAAGGUCGACUGAUCAGUAUUCAGAUUCCGAGGAGAGCGAGGUUGAUAUUGGCAUUCUGAGCUCUAGUAAGAGCAAAAUGAGGAAAAAGAAGCAAGCCACCGGUGGCGUGACCGAGAACGAACUCAUUCUACAGUCGGUGCAGCAUGUCUCAUCUUUGCUCGCGCGACGGACGGAAACAGUCAUUAUGAGAUAUGUUAUUUUUCAUAAUACAUAGUCCUACAACGCAUGUAGAUUCUCAAUUUUUCAGGAUGGUUUUUCUCCUUCUCCUGGAAAAUGAAAAUGGAUCGUGAUUCUGAUCACAGAAUCAAUAGGCUCGACGGAUAAAUAUGAAGUACAACUUACCGAUAACAGAUCUCGUUGCUUCCUCUUUCUCUGCCUUUCUCUUUCUUUCUCUAAUCAGAAGGUGCUGCUUCUACAAGAGAUGCAGGAUGUAAAGACGAUUUGCCAAGUCGUGUCCGACGUACUGGAGAUCCUUGCACGCCGUGGCGCGGACCUUGCAAAACAGCAAGGAACCUUCAUCGAAUCGCUUGGGUUCUAGAAGAUGGCUUUGUUUUACGGAGCGGUCUGCUAUUGGUAGAUCUGGGAUUGCUGUGGUUUGUUCUGGUUGUAGGGCACAGUGCGGCUGAUGCGGCUCCUGAAAAGGAGCCUGCGCGUGGUCUGGUCGGCUACUGCUGAGCAAAUUUCUCUCGCAGAACAAGUUCUCAAAUCUAGCGAUCAUGUUGUUGCAAACCUUUUUUCGGAUGCAAACGCUCGAGCUCGAGCAGGAGCUAUGAAUGUUUUUUCUUCAUCUAAGCGAUCAUCUCACGCAUCUAAGUUACUAAUAUCAACAAACCUCUGUCUGAAUCCACGUCUAGUGCUUGAAGAUAAACUCGAAACUCUGUCGCUUCGUUCUUGGUUUUCAUUGUGGUUUAGUUUUUUCGUUUGACUCAGGUCGUAGGUAGCGACUUCUGUGUUUGAAUUCAAUUCCUAUUUUAAGACAACGCAAUACCAAUAUGACCAUCUAAAUCGCUCUGGAGCUUGGAGCGCGGGUGUCAUAUAAUGAAGCGAAUGCGUAUACUGCUUCGAUUGUACUGCAUACCCCCUGCAUAACUCGUUGGCUGUCCCCCAUUAGAUGCUGCAACUAGAAAUAAUUUUGGAAGUAGGAGCCCGCCACCCUGCUGAAUAUUUUGUACUGAUUACUUUCUGACUCUGAGUACAACUAC